GCAGUGACAAACCAGCUCGAUGCCUGUCGCAAGGCAAGAACUAUAGAACAACAAAUCUAGCCAAGCUACUUUCAGAAUCAGAUAUAGGAGCAUAACAAGAAGAAGAAGACUUGAUCGAGAGAGUUGGAAGAUGGAGCGGGAGAUCCACCGCGUGACGAGCCUCCGGCGCGACAGCUCGCUAUGGCGGCGCGACUCGAACGUGUUCUCGCGGUCGUCGUCGCGGUUCCAGGACGAGGAGGACGACGAGGAGGCGCUGCGGUGGGCGGCGCUGGAGCGGCUGCCGACGUACGACCGGGUGCGGCGCGGGAUGCUCAGCGUGGAGGAGGGCGGCGAGAAGGUGGAGGUGGACGUGGGGCGGCUCGGCGCGCACGAGAGCCGCGCGCUCAUCGAGCGCCUCGUCCGAGCAGCAGACGACGACCACGAGCUCUUCCUGCUCAAGCUCAAGGAGCGCAUGGACAAUGUCGGCAUCGAGUACCCCACCAUCGAGGUCAGGUUCGAGCGGCUCCAGGUCGAGGCGCAGGUGCGGGUCGGCACCCGAGGGCUGCCCACGCUCAUCAACUCCGUGACUAACACACUCGAGGCCAUCGGGAACACGCUCCACGUCGUGCCCAACCGGAAGCAGGCCAUGACCGUCCUCCACGACGUCAGCGGGGUCGUCAAGCCCCGGAGGAUGACGCUGCUGCUGGGCCCUCCCGGCUCCGGCAAGACCACGCUGCUGCUGGCGCUGGCCGGGAAGCUCGACAAGGAGCUCAAGGUAUCCGGGAAGGUCACCUACAACGGCCACGGGCUGGACGAGUUCGUGCCCCAGAGGACCGCCGCGUACAUCAGCCAGCAUGACCUCCACAUCGGGGAGAUGACCGUCAGGGAGACGCUCGCGUUCUCGGCACGGUGCCAAGGUGUUGGCACCAGAUACGAGAUGCUUACUGAGUUGGCGAGAAGGGAAAAGGCAGCGAACAUCAAGCCAGAUCACGAUAUCGAUGUGUACAUGAAGGCCUCUGCUAUGGGAGGGCAAGAAUCCAGUAUUGUGACAGAAUACAUACUGAAGAUAUUAGGAUUGGAUAUAUGUGCUGACACGUUGGUAGGCAAUGAGAUGCUCAGGGGCAUAUCUGGUGGACAACGCAAGCGUGUCACAACAGGUGAAAUGCUUGUUGGUCCAGCAAAAGCUCUGUUCAUGGAUGAGAUAUCCACUGGACUGGAUAGCUCAACCACGUUCCAGAUAGUGAAUUCGCUUAGGCAGACCAUCCACAUCCUUGGAGGAACUGCUGUCAUCUCCUUGCUCCAGCCAGCUCCGGAAACAUACAACUUGUUUGACGACAUUAUACUCCUCUCUGACGGGCAGGUUGUGUACCAGGGGCCCCGAGAGAAUGUGCUUGAGUUCUUUCAGUUCAUGGGCUUCAAAUGCCCUAGCAGAAAGGGUGUUGCUGACUUUUUGCAGGAGGUUACAUCAAAGAAAGACCAGGAGCAGUACUGGUCCAGGAGUGACAGGCCAUACCGUUUUGUGCCUGUGAAGCAAUUUGCGGAUGCAUUCCGUUCCUUCCAUGUGGGCAAGUCAAUAGAGAACGAGCUGAAAGAGCCAUUUGAUAGGACCAGGAGCCACCCUGCUGCUCUGGCUACUUCAAAGUUUGGUGUCAGCAGGAUGGAGUUGCUCAAAGCCACUAUUGACAGAGAGCUUCUACUCAUGAAGAGGAAUGCAUUUAUGUACAUAUUUAAAGCUGUCAAUCUAACUGUGAUGGCGUUCAUCGUGAUGACCACAUUUUUCCGUACCAACAUGCGCCGUGAUGAAACUUAUGGACAGAUAUAUUUGGGGGCACUGUUCUUUGCUAUUGACACGAUAAUGUUUAAUGGUUUUGCGGAGCUUGGUAUGACCGUCAUGAAACUUCCUGUCUUCUUCAAGCAGAGGGAUCUUCUUUUCUUUCCUGCAUGGGCCUACACCCUACCAUCAUGGAUUCUUCAGAUCCCUAUCACGUUUGUUGAAGUCGGAGUUUAUGUUUUCACCACAUAUUAUGUCAUCGGAUUUGAUCCCAGUGUAAGCAGGUUCUUCAAGCAGUAUCUGCUGCUCCUUGCGAUCAAUCAGAUGUCAUCUUCACUUUUCCGCUUCAUUGCUGGAGUUGGAAGAGACAUGGUUGUUUCGCACACCUUUGGACCAUUAGCAUUGUUGACUUUUGCAGCAUUGGGCGGCUUCAUCCUUGCAAGACCUGAUAUAAAGAAGUGGUGGAUUUGGGGUUACUGGAUAUCUCCGAUAUCAUAUGCACAAAACGCUAUUUCAACUAACGAAUUUCUGGGGCCCAGUUGGAACAAAAUUGUUUCUGGAGGAAAUCAGACCAUUGGGGUAACCGUGCUUAAAGACCGCGGUAUCUUUACGGAAGCUAAGUGGUAUUGGAUUGGUCUUGGUGCCAUGGUUGGAUACACUCUCCUCUUCAACCUGCUCUACACCGUAGCCCUUUCAGCUUUGAGUCCACUGUCAGACUCUAACCCAACAAUGUCUGAAGAGGAGUUGAAAGAAAAGAGUGCAAAUUUAACUGGUCAAGCUCUGGAGGGUCGUAAGGAAAAGAAAUCUAGGAAGCAUGAGUUGGAAUUGUCUCACAAUAAUGGCCGAAACUCAGUGAGUAGCAGUGUGGAUUCUAGUGGUAGCAGGAAGGGGUUGGUACUCCCAUUUACACCACUGUCGCUUACCUUUAACAACACCAAAUACUCAGUGGACAUGCCAGAGGCAAUGAAAGCACAAGGAGUAACGGAAGACCGCUUGUUGCUUUUAAAGGGUGUGAGUGGUUCUUUUAGGCCAGGAGUACUUACUGCGUUAAUGGGUGUGAGUGGUGCUGGAAAGACAACCCUGAUGGAUGUUUUAGCGGGUAGGAAAACCGGAGGAUACAUAGAGGGGGAUAUCACCGUCUCAGGCUAUCCAAAGAAGCAAGAGACCUUUGCGCGCAUAUCAGGAUACUGUGAGCAAAAUGAUAUUCAUUCUCCACAUGUUACAGUAUAUGAAUCACUCGUAUUUUCUGCAUGGCUGCGGCUUCCUGUGGAGGUUGAUUCAGAGAAAAGAAAGAUGUUCAUUGAGGAGGUCAUGAAUCUCGUAGAGCUCACACCAUUGAGGGAUGCACUUGUUGGGCUUCCUGGAGUGAAUGGUCUAUCAACUGAGCAACGCAAGAGGCUGACAAUCGCCGUGGAGCUUGUUGCUAACCCGUCGAUCAUUUUUAUGGAUGAGCCAACAUCUGGUCUUGAUGCUCGGGCUGCUGCAAUUGUGAUGAGGACUGUUAGAAACACUGUUAACACUGGCAGGACUGUUGUUUGCACCAUUCACCAGCCAAGUAUUGACAUAUUUGAAGCAUUCGAUGAGCUUUUCCUUAUGAAGAGAGGAGGAGAAGAAAUUUAUGUUGGUCCAGUGGGCCCAAAUUCUUCAAGUUUGAUAGAGUACUUUGAGGAAAUUGAUGGUAUUAGUAAGAUAAAAGAUGGUUAUAACCCAGCAACAUGGAUGUUGGAAGUGUCCUCUAGUGCCCAGGAGGAAAUGCUUGGUAUUGAUUUCGCUGAAGUCUACAGACAAUCAGAACUAUAUCAAAGGAACAAGGAACUCAUAGAGGAUCUAAGCACACCACCUCCCGGUUCUAGAGAUCUCAGCUUCCCUACGCAAUACUCUAGAUCAUUCACCACACAAUGCCUAGCUUGCUUUUGGAAGCAAAACUGGUCAUAUUGGAGAAACCCAGCCUACACAGCAGUGAGAUUACUCUUCACCAUCGUCAUUGCGCUAUUGUUUGGGACGAUGUUCUGGGGCCUUGGAAGCAAAACUGAUAAGGUCCAGGAUCUAUUUAACGCCAUGGGAUCGAUGUACGCUGCAGUACUAUACCUUGGAGUGCAAAACUCUGGUACUGUUCAACCAGUUGUGGUGGUGGAGCGAACAGUCUUUUAUCGAGAAAGAGCAGCUGGCAUGUAUUCAGCUUUCCCAUAUGCAUUUGGGCAGGUUGCGAUUGAAUUUCCAUAUGUCAUGGUUCAGGCUCUGAUUUAUGGCGUGCUAGUCUAUUCAAUGAUUGGAUUUGAGUGGACCGUGGCCAAGUUCUUGUGGUAUCUGUUCUUCAUGUACUUCACCCUGCUAUAUUUCACGUUCUACGGAAUGAUGGCUGUAGGCUUGACACCGAAUGAGAGCAUAGCAGCUAUCAUCUCGUCAGCAUUCUACAACAUAUGGAACCUCUUCUCAGGAUACCUUAUCCCCCGACCUAAACUUCCUGUUUGGUGGAGGUGGUACUCAUGGAUUUGCCCGGUGGCAUGGACGCUAUACGGACUGGUUGCCUCCCAAUUUGGCGAUCUCCAUCAUGAACUUGAGGGAGCCUUACACCAAGGCCAAACCGCUGCCCAGUAUAUCGAGGAGUACUACGGCUUCCAUCACGACUUCUUGUGGGCUGUGGCACUGGUGCACGUUGUUUUCACGGUGAUGUUCGCCUUCCUGUUCAGUUUCGCCAUCAUGAAGUUCAACUUCCAGAGGAGAUAAGGGAUACAUUCUUUGAUAUUCCUUGUACGUACAUGCAUGGUGCUGUACCACAGCCAAUGCGAAUGGGUUAAACCGAAGCGUAGUUGUUCCUGUAAAUGGUAUAGAGGUUAUUUUGUAUUUCAAACCUGUAGAAAUUCAGAUUUAUACUUUGUAGGAUCUAUAGGAAAAAGGCUAAGUAGCUAGCCUUGUUGAGCCUCCAGCUUCUUCACCGGAGCUCUAUCUGACUGAGUAGCUGAUACUUGUCCGAGAAUGUAAACCUUGCCGGUUGUCAUUUCUGACGAGUGCAAUGGAGGCAGAAAUUUUGUUGA